CAGCUCUUCUGGGAACGCUGUCCACAAGGUUUAGGAGUGUGUUUAAGGGGAUUUUGGACCAUUCUUCCAGAAGCACAUUUGUGACGCUGAUGCUGGAAGAUACGGCCUGGCUCUAAUUCAUCUCAAAGGUAUUGAGGUCAGGACUCUGUGCAGGCCAGUCAAGUUCAUCCACACCAGACUCUGUCAUCGUGUCUUUAUGGACCUUGCUUUGUGCACUGGUGCACAUGUUGGAAAAGAAAGGGGCCAUCUCCAAACUGUUCUGUAGGGAGCAUGGAAUUGUCCAAAAUGUCUUGGUAUGCUAAAGCAAGAUCCUUUCACUGGAACUAAGGGGCCAAGACCAGCUCCUGGAAAAUAUCCCCCCUCCACCAAACUUUACACUCGGCACAAUGCAGUCAGACGCGUACCGUUCUCCUGGAAACCACCAAACCCAGACUCGUCCAUCAGAUCUCCAGAUGGGGAACGGCGAUUCGUCACUCCAGAGAACUCCACUGCUCCAGAGUCCAGUGUCGGCGUGCUUCACACCACUGCAUCCGACGCUUUGCAUUGCACCUGUUGAUGUAUGGCUUGGAUGGAGCUGCUCAGCCAUAGAAACCCAUUCCAUGAAGCUCUCUGCGCACUGUUCCUGAGCUAAUCUGAAAGCAACAUGAAGUUUGGAGAUCUGUAGCGAUUGAUGAUUGAAAGUUGGCCACCUCUUUACACAAUGCGCCUCAACAUCCGCUGACCAAGUUCACGAGGCCUACCACUUCGUGGCAAUUUCACGACUGGAUUUGUUGCACAGGUGGCAUCCUCUCACAGUUCCACGCUGGAAGUCACUGAGCUCCUGAGAGCGACCCAUUCUUUCACAAAAGUUUUGCAUGACUAGUUGCUUGAUUUUAUACACCUGUGGCCAUUAAACAAAGUGAUCGAAACACCUUUCAAACACAUUCAGAUUAUUUAGAUGGGUGAGCGAAUACUUUUGCCGAUAUACUGUAUAUACAUACAUGUUAUGCAACCAGCAAUUUCGUUCUCAUGAAAAAGUACUAAAAGUGAAAGAAAGUAAGAAAGCAGUCAAACAGAACGGACCUGUUCCAAAAAUAUUUCACCUGACCUGUCUGGAAAAAAAAAACCUGUCGCUGUUAACAGACGGAAGCUUACUGUUGAUGCACCGUCAGCGUUUCAGAUGCAGAAAAGUACUUAAAAAUGGAUGAAGUGACAAAAACAAGUCAAGAGUUUUCUCUAAUAUUCCUAUCUGACGUAUUGUAUGUUAGUCCCGGAGAUGAAGCUGUUCUGUCGUGUCAUCUUAAGCCAGCGAUCAGUGCUGCUUCGAUGGAGAUCAAGUGGUGGAGUAAGUCUGAUCUGGUCUGUCAUCAUAAAGAUGGACGGGUGACAGUAAACAGAGAAUAUGAGGGUCGAGUGAGUCUCUCACUGGAGGAUCUACACGAUGCAAACGUGUCUUUGACUCUCAGAGACGUCAGGAGUUCACAGAAGGGCCUCUAUAUUUGUGAGGUCAUCCAUGAAAGUCAGUCAAUGCAAGCUAGCGUUUAUCUUCAUGUCAGCUCUGAAGACUUUAGACUAGUUACUCCUAUUGGAACCGUAUACGCUCGUCCCGGAUCAGACGCCAUCUUACCUGUCCAUCUCUCUCCUGAAACCAGCGCCGUGUCCAUGGACGUCAGGUGGUUUAAAGGGACAGAGCUCAUUUAUAGGAAUAGGCAGGAGAUGAGUAACUAUAAGAAGCGGGUGAGCGUGUCCAUCCAGGAGCUGGAGAGGGGAAACCUCGCUCUGACUUUGAGGAAUUUUCAGCCAUCGGAUUCAGGAGACUACACAUGCAAAGUCUUUCACGAGGGAUGUGUGCAAACAGGAAUCGUUCACCUGCAAGUGAGAGAGAUUCAGCGGUGUGACGAUGCUGGACACAGACGCCUCCUCCAUGUGCUACGACAAGUACAGAAUGACGUUCUGCUAGAGAAAGCGCAACUGUUACAGGGAACCGUAAACUUGCUUCAGCAAACACUUAAUGAAGGUGCAAUGAGAAGUAACGCCUUUGGACGAGCUCAUAGACAUUCAAACAGUAUGGACGAAGUUCCUCCUCUCUUGGAAGAUGCACGCACAGAAGCAGGCAGACGUGUGUUUGACAGAGAUUUCAAUAUGCUCCUUAGCAACAGAAUGCGAUCUACAAGUGCACCAGUCAAUAUUGCAGUGACUAGACACAAUUAUGGUCAGAACAGAGGACAAACGAGCGAAGGGGAUACCGGCGCUCAUCAGGAGCUGGUUCAGCUAAUUACGCAAACACAUAAUCUGCUAAGACAUAUGGCGGGAGAAUCAGUCAAUGUACCUAGAAGAGCUUUGACCUAUAGAGAGGAGAGCCCUGGAGCGACGGUACAAAGUAUUGCCACGGAGCAAGAGAGAUACUCCCCAGCGGUACCGUCACAGGAACAGGAAAGAGAAAGAGCAUCAGUCGUAUCACUAGGAGGAGAAGCAACACGAAUAUCAGAGAGGUCAGAAGACGGAAGGCAUAGGACUCGACAGAGACGGCAAAGUAUACACAACAUGUGCCAGAUUAUCUAAAUGUUGAACACACAGUAUAAAUUUGUGUGGGGUGACGGUGAACAUAGACUUUGAGGGUCGAGUGAGUCUCCCGUUGGAAAAUCUGCUCAAUGGAAACGUGUCUUUGACUCUCAGAGACGGCAGGAGUUCACAGAAGGGCCUUUAUAGUUGUGAGGUCAAUGAAAGUCAGUCAAUACAAGACACAGGUCAGUUAGGUUUCCUCAAUGAACACAGCCUUACAGAAACAUUAUGCAGUAAUAAAGUGUGUGUGUGUGUGUGUGUGUGUGUGUGUGUGUGUGUGUGUGUGUGUUUUAUCCCUGAAUACACACCAACUUAAGGGAACUAUAGCAUUGGGAAUGCCUUUCAAAUUUCAAUUCAGUUUCUCAGUUUGAAUUUAGGAAGACAUGAUUGAGAAUUAGAAUUUGAACAAAAGGAUCCUUCAUAAUUCAAAAAUGUAACUCAAUCAAAAAAACGAAAUCCUGAAAAAGAAUUCAGUAAAUCCCUCAUGUCACAUUCGACUCAAACAUAUAAAUUCAAGAGAAGCAUUUCAUUCAAAUGAAAUCAUUUCCAUAAUAAUAAUAAUAAUUUUGCACGCGUCUGCAGUUGCUGCUGUGUCACUGCAACUGUAAUGAACCUGUUUAUGUUUUCCAUAUUUGCAGGAAGUGCACUAAAACAUCAGUCAUUAAAGUUUUUAGAGCUUUGUGAAUUAAAAACUUUUUUAUGGUCACUAUUGUGUCCGGUGGGAUCAAACAUUGUAUAUGCUCAAGGCAUUUAUAGCUGCAUUUAUAAACUGCUUACUAAUGCAUUUUAAUGUUGAAACAAUGGUUUAUAAAGGAUGAAUUGAGUAUUUACUAACUCUUAACUAAUCAGUGUGUAGUUAUUAUAAAGUGUUACCUGAUUUUGUUUUGCUCAGACUACACCAGUACAACCAUCAUGAAGUUACUUUUCUCAUAGAAAAUGUUAUUUUCUUGAUGAAUUGGGACUACUACUAAAUAUGUGAGAUUACAUGUACUGAUUUAGUAAAACCAUUCAUAAUUCAAUAAAGUCAGCCCUGAUCUGAAA